AUGAUAUCUCAAAUUACUCUGAUAGUAAGCGCGGUAAAGUUGCUGUUUAUGCCGCUUUACCGCUCUACAGACUUCGAAGUACAUAGGAACUGGUUAGCCAUCACUCAUAAUAAAUCUGUAAAUGAAUGGUAUUAUGAAACAACAUCAGAAUGGACAUUAGACUAUCCACCAUUAUUCGCGUGGCUUGAAUUUUGUUUGUCUCAUAUAGCAAAAUAUUUUGACCCAGAGAUGUUGAAAAUUGAGAACAUAAAUUAUGCUUCUGAAGCAACUGUUUUAUUUCAAAGAGCAUCUGUCAUCAUGUUGGAUUGUAUAUAUAUUUAUAGUGUAAAAAAGUGUGCAGAUCUUUUAGACAAUGGCAAACUGCUUGUUUUCAUUUUGUUGAUAUCAAAUCCUGGUUUGUUAAUUGUGGAUCAUAUACAUUUCCAAUAUAAUGGAUUUUUGUUUGGUUUCUUGCUCAUCUCGGUAGCAUACAUGAUUAAGAGUGAUUACAUCAGAGCUGCUUUGUGGUUUGCAAUUUUGUUGAAUUUUAAACAUAUUUUUAUGUACAUUGCCCCUGUGUAUGUAAUAUAUUUAUUGAGGGCUUACUGUUUUACUGUCUCUUCUACUGAUGGUAUACACACUGCAUGGUACUCAUUUUCAUUUGCAAAUCUGGUAAAAUUGGGUGCAGUGGUAAUAGGUAUAUUUGCAAUCUCGUUUGGACCUUUUAUUCAACAUUUACCACAGUUAUUUUCAAGGUUGUUCCCAUUCAAACGAGGACUCUGCCAUGCUUAUUGGGCACCAAAUUUUUGGGCUUUGUAUAACUUUGCUGAUAAGGCUUUGCAAAUAAUAAUGAAAAAGUUUGGUGGACAUGUUGCAAGUGAUGUUGCCUCAAUGACUGGUGGAUUAGUGCAGGAGUUUGAACAUUCAGUGCUGCCAUCCAUAAGACCGAGCGUAACUUUUGUUGUGACUAUUGCAUCAAUGCUACCAGCACUAAUUAAACUUUGGCAUCUUGGGGCAGAUACAAGGUCUCGGGGCAUUAGUUUUGUGAGAUGUAUUACUAUAUGUGCCAUGUGUUCCUUUAUGUUUGGCUGGCAUGUUCACGAGAAAGCAAUUUUGAUGGUGUUAAUACCAUUAAGUUUCCUUUCGGUGCUGGGGCAAGAAGAUGGGAAGUUUUUCUUAUUCUUAUCAACUGUUGGCCAUUACUCACUGUUUCCACUGCUAUACCCUAAAAACCUUGCAGCAAUUAAAUUUUUUCUGUUGCUCCCCUAUACAAAACCAGCGCAUUUGUCGUAUAACAUUUACGUAACAGAAAGCUUACAGGUAGCAGCGAGGGAACGGACGGUCUUACUGUAUAUGAUGGGAAACAUGGGGAAAGAUUUUUCUCUGGUUCUCUUACCAGUAAUUUAA